AUGACAGGAACUUGUGUCAACACUAUAAAGUUAUUGGGCUUGGGCUCACUUGGUUUAUUGACUUCAUCACUUAUUCAACAAUCCGUACAAAAUAUUCCUAACCUAAUCACUCAAUUGAACGCCAUCUACAGCUUGAAUGUGAUUACAUUGAACUCCAAAAUCACAGAAGUCAAAUCAUACCUUUUCAGUUCACGGGUUGUUAACGGGCUUUUAACUGGAUUGAGCACCUUGUUUUUCACUUUGGCUUACAAGUAUAGUCCUAUUGAUGAGAAGCAUCCUUAUUUGGUUUAUGCCGCUAUUGGUGCCCCUUUAACAUUAUUUGGUUUGUAUUACAAGGCUUGGGGUUAUGAAGACAAGAUUUUGAGCAAACAAGAUGUUUCAGUUUUCAAGAAAGGCUCAUCUUCCAAAACUUCCUCCCAUGCUCCGUCCUCGGUUGUUUCAGUCGACGAUGAUGAGGAUGAACCACAAGUUAUUUCCAAAGUCAGUAGUGUUGAUGAAUUGGGUAGAUCCUAUGUUCACCUUUCCGAUGAAUCGGGUCUUUCUACUCCAACUUCAUCUCAACCAGCCUCACCACAAAUUCGACACCAAGAAGGAGAUCGUGACGUUGAAGAUGAGCAACAACAGCAACAACAACAGCAACCACGUGAAGGCACGUCAGCACAAGAAGCUGAAGUUGAAAUUGAAAUAGAAAAUACUUUAACCAAGAAGGAAAUCGUUCAAGAUUUAAAGCAUAUAAAAUCAGGUUACACUAUCGGGUCUUAUGUUUCUGGUCUAAGUUUGACAAUUGCUGUUGUUGGUUUAUUUGGAGAUUUCUACUUAUUGUAG